CAAAACCCAUGACUCAUUUGCUUUGUUAAAUCCACACACAGACACAGGCACAGACACAAACACAAACACGGCAUUCUCGAAUCUCCCCAGGUCCCCAACCCUCAAAAAUCAUAGUCUUUCCUCAUCAUUACAGACAUCUAAAUUUGGUGGUGGGAUUGUGUCUUAUUCUGGGUACGUUUUGUUUAUGAGGCUUUACUUGGGUUUGGUCGCUUGCUUCUGAAGUAGGACACAUGGACUUCUUGUUAUUAUAUAUUGGUUGGUGUAAGACAGAUGAGAGCGGAAGAGAUUAAGUAUGCGAACUCUUUGUGACGCUUGCGAGAGCGCGGCCGCUAUCGUGUUUUGCGCUGCCGACGAGGCCGCUCUUUGCCGUUCCUGCGACGAAAAGGUUCACAUGUGCAAUAAGCUUGCUAGCCGGCAUGUACGGGUUGGUCUUGCAAGUCCCAGUGAUGUUCCCCGCUGUGACAUAUGUGAAAAUGCUCCUGCUUUCUUUUACUGUGAGGUAGACGGGAGUUCCCUGUGUUUGCAAUGUGACAUGAUUGUUCAUGUUGGAGGUAAAAGAACGCAUGGAAGAUAUCUUGUAUUGAGGCAGAGAGUUGAGUUCCCAGGGGAUAAAUCUGGUCAUCUUGAGGAGCCAGCUUCGGUACCUGUGGAUCCAGGUGAGACCAGAAGAGGACAAAAUAUGCCUCCUAAGCUGACAAUGGGAGAGAACCAGCAAAAUCACAGGGCCUCUCCUGUUCCAAUUUCAGAUGCAGAUGCUGAUGCUGAUGGGCAUUCCAAGAUGGAUAAAAUGAUUGAUUUGAAUAUGCAGCCUCACCGGAUGCAUGAACAAGCAUCAAACAAUCAGAAGGACAUUUGCACCUCCCAAAGUAAUGGAAUGGGCGAUCCAUAUCACUUGGUGAACAAAUUUACCCCUCAAAUGGACUUAGUUGGCAAGAUUUAGCCAGUCACCAUAUGCUGAAUGAUUAAACUGUAUUCUAAAUUGCUCAUCUAUGUUCAGUUGGACUAACUAGCUCUGUGCAUUUAUAUAGUGCAUGACCAUGGCUGUUGGAUAGGGAUUUUGGAAAGGGCCCCCAUUUGGUUCAAAAAUAAAAGUAGCCUGAAUCUAGAAAUGUAAGUUUUACAAUUAAUGGAGAAAAAUCUAAUGGAUAAAGUCCAUUUUAAUAAUUUUGUCUAGAAAGAGAGUGAACAAAGAAAUUGACAAUUUUCCCAGUUGAAGUUGAGAAUGUAGAUCGAAGGUUAACAGUCUGCUAAGAUUAAUAAGUUCGGAAUGAUCAUUGUUGUUGUGGAGGAAGACUAGGGUUCAAAUACCUUAAUAACCAAGGUAUAUGUUACACAUUUAUUGUCCGCGGUAGGGGUGAAACCACAAAUUAAGCUUGAUGUUGGGGGGGGAGGAGGUUUAUAUCAUAAAAAGUAUAAAAUUUAGAGACAAAUUUAAAAUUUUGGGGGGCUACUGACCCCCAAGGGUCUAAGAAGUUCUGCCCGGUCUGCGAUAUAAAUGAAAAGUAUUAAUGUUGCCAAAAACUGUAGAAUUUGAGAAAAAAUACGGUUUGGUUCUUGAUAUGUUACUCUACAGUCUACAUUCUGAUAAUUGUAGUAUGAUUGUACCAUCUCUUUUGGCUUUUAGUAGAAAGAUGAGAACUAAAAUCGGAAGAUACUUAGAAAUCGGAUUGCAACUCUAAAAACGUUGUGCAUAUUCAUGAACAGAACCAUUCCAUUUUGUUGGGCAUUUUCAUUGUGUUUAAGCAUGUAAAACUUUUUUGUGAUACCUACCAGAAUUUUUAAGAAAUAGGAACUCAUU